AUGCCACUUUGGAACAUCUUCCACCCAGAGGGGACCUUCACCGACAGCCAAUCCAAGUCUGCCUUUAGCAAGGACAUUACAAAGAUCUACACCGACAAACUCGGCCUGCCUGCAUUUUUCGUCGUUGUGCAAUUCAUCAAAAUGGAGAAAGGGGACGUAUGGGUGGGCGGUAAAGUCAACGAAGGCGACAAACCGUUCAUUCGACUAGUCAUUGAGCAUACAGCGGUGAAUGUCCCAGCCGAAGCGGAGGAAGAGGCAUAUAGAACAACUUGCCAGUGGGUGGACAAUGCGAUAAAGCCGCAUGUCACGGAUAAAGGAUAUGAUUCAGAGUACCACAUCAGUGAGAAUGAUCGGAGGCUGUGGAAGAUCAAUGGGUUGAUUCCACUACCAUGGAAGAGCGAAGAGGAGAAGCAGUGGGUCAAGGCCAACAAAGCCCUUCCAUGGAGUGGCGACCAUUGA